GGAAACUCCACCACUGGAAGAUCUCUCCCAAGGCAGCAGAUGUUUAGGAUAAGAGUUUUCUUUCUCCUAGGUGGGCUGCUUUUCCAGGUGGACAAGCUCUUCUGCCCAACCAGAGGCUACUCAGGAGCAAGCCACAUGGAAGUUAGGGUCAAUGUGGGCGGUCGGUGCCCCCUGGGACUGGUAUGGCAGGAGGGAGACAAGCGGUAGGGGGCGCCAGAGCCAAAGAGACUCCGCAGAACCAACUCAAACUAGUUUUGCCCUUCUCCGCUGAGUUCUCCGAGGGGGAAGGCAGACGCGGGCCGGCGGGCUGGAGACUCAGCUCAGCGGCCCAAAGGACCUCCCGGGUUACAAGCCCCGCUCUUCCCCGUCGGCGCCUCCUGUCGAACCGGAGCCCCGAUCGGUCCCGAGCAUCGUGCCUCCUCCUGGACGGGCCCGCCCGCCCGACACUUUUCUUUGUGUCCCCCAGAGCCUCUUGGGCCCGUCGUCUGGGGAGGCUCUCGGGCAGCUGGAAGGAGCCCCGCCUGCCUGCCCCGCCCCUCCCGGUCGCCAGGCGACCGACAACACAUCGAGGGGCCUCUCCUCCGCCUCCUGGCUCUACUUUUUCGUGCGCCACGAAGGACCCUCCAGCGCAGCCAGCAAGUAGAGCCCCUUCUUGCCCGGGGACUGCCCCUUUCCGACUCUCCUGCGCCCGGGAGAGCCCUCCUCCACCCCCAUUCCACCGGGAGCCUGGCCAAGAGCCGCUCACACUUUCGGUUCCUAACUUAGCAGAGGAACAUUUUCCUUGAAGGGGGGGGGCGUUGGCAGCUUCCCGGCCCCCCUUUAUUCCUCUGAACGGCCAAUGCUCCCCGCUUCAACUGCUCAACAGCGGGGGGCUCUGCGCACGGAGCACGUGAGCGGCGGGUCCUACUCCGCUCCCCCGAGGGCCCUGGGUUAGUCGGGCUCCGCGGGGCAGCCGCUCCGCUCUUGGACGACUUCCAGCGCCCUUCUUUUCCUUCCUCCUCCAGGGCUCAGGAUGCCUCGCAAGCGCCGGGGGAAGACGAUGCCGCAGGCGCAGCCAGCUGGGACAGGACGCGCAGCCCCCGGGAGCGACGCCGAGGACUCCGGGGGCAGCCCGCCGCAGGAAGGCGCCUCGCCGCUGCAAGGGGAGCUGGAGCGCGUCUGCUGGGAGCUGGAGCGGCUGCGCGGGCGGAGGGCGCAGCUGCUGGCGCAGCACGAGCUCCUGGAGCGGGAGGCGCAGGAGCUGCGCGCCGAGAGCCGGGAGUUCCUGGACUACGUGGCCAAGCGGGCGCAGCGGCGGGAGGGGGCGGCCGUGUUGCUGGGCGACGAGAGCCGGCAGCUGCUGGCGCACAUCCAGCACGAGCACCGGGAGCUCCUGGCCCGCUCCGCGGAGCAGGAGGCAGUGCUGCGCGCGGAGCUGCUCCGCCAGGAGGCCGAGCUGGCGCGGCUAAGCGCCGAGCUGGAGGAGCUGCGCGGGGUGCGCGCGCUGCAGCAGGAGCAGGCCGGCCGAGUGCGGGAGCUGCAGCGCGCGCAGGCGGCGGCCCGCAAGGAGCACGUGCAGCGGCGGCAGGAGGCGGCGGCGCGCUUCGCGCAAGCCAAGGCGGCGCAGGAACGCGAGGCGCGGGAGCGGGCGGCGCGCGUGGCCGGAGAAGCGCACCAGGUGGCCGCGCGGUGCCUGCUGGAGCACAGGCGGGAGGCACAGUGGCAGAACCGGGAGCUGAGGCAGGAGCUGGCGCGGCUGGUGGCGAGGGCGCGGGCGCUGCAGGCGCACAAGGACCGGCUGGAGGAUCGCGUGCAGCGCUUGCGGCGGCAGCAUGACUCGCUGCGGGAUUUGGCCCUCCUGCGCCGCGGCGGCCCCGAAGGAAGAGAGCGACCGGCAGCGGGGACGCGCGGAGACGCAGGAGGGCGGGCGCCCCUUCUCCGCAGCGCAGGGCAGACAAGCUGCCUCCAGCCACGCAACUGCUGAGACGCUGACCAGGGUCCUGGCGGAGAGAACCUUAAGACGAGCCUACGAGGAGCCUGGUGGAUCGGGCCAGUGGCUCAGCUAGUCCAGCCUCCUGUUCUCACGGGGGCCAACAAGAUGCCUGUGGGAAACCUGCAAGCAGGAUCCGAGCGGAAGAGCGCUGUCUCCUGUGGCUGCCAGCAUCUGGAAUCCAGCAGCAUGGACUGUGGCCACAGGGUAUAGCCUCCAGGCUGACUAGUAGCCAUCGCUAGCCCUCUCCAUGAGUUUGUCGAGUCCUCCUUUGAAGUCAUCCCAUCUGGUGGCCAUCGCUGCCUCCUGUGGGAGGGAGUUCCAUAGUCCAACUAAUGCACUGCACUGAACCCAUUUUAAUCAGUUUUGCUUAACUGCUGUUGUUGUAAUAUUACUUAAUGUGGUUUAAUAUCUUAUUCUUUUCACACUUUGCAAUUUUAUUAGGUUGCUGCUUUACAAAUUGCUUUGUAGAGGUGUGGUGAGUUGAGAAAGAAAAACUGUGAAUAAAACAGGAUGGGAGGCAAACUCUCAUUCUGCAGGGACAGAUGAGGGAAGCCAUCUCAGUGGCCCUACUUAAGGGAGCCUCACGACUCAGGCUAAGAAAACCAGGACGUAUGUUGGGGGUGCGGGCAGAUCUUUGGUUGUGGUUCAGCAAUGGUAAGGAUCAGGGUCAUGGCUUAGCUGGGCCCAGAUAGUGCCCAGGUGCAGGAUCUCCCUACAUUCACUCCUACCUUGGCAAUGUAGGAUUUCUACCUG